CACAAAACUGGUCACUAACAGUUCCAAGUAUCAAGGAUGGUGAUUCACGACAAUUUUUUGUUCGAGCGACAGAUAUUAUGGGUAGUCAAGCAAUCGAUAGUACAACUAUUCACUUUGAUUCCACACCACCCCGUAUAUUAUCCUCAAAUCUUAAUUAUAACAUAGAAGACGGACAAUACAAAUUGUCAAGCAGAUUAACUAUCAAUGCAAGGGACAAUGACAGUGGCGUACCUACGGUUAAAAUAAGAAUAGUUACAAUGUCUGGGAUUGAAAAAUACAAGCAUGAAUUUAAAAAUCCUGUUGUUGAGAACACGAGUUUGUGCCCAUCCUGCUAUGAAGAUAGCAUAGGUAAUUCGUAUAGACCAAGUAUGUCGUUUGAGAUCAAUAAUUGCUGGAUGAAUGUUGGAAUUGAGGAAAACAAUACUGAGAUGCACACAUUGGAAAUAGGAGUUUACAAUGGUGCUAUGUUAGCAGCAAUGCAAAUAGAAAAUAUAACUGACGUUAAAAGUUUAAAAGGAAUUCAACAAUAUUUUGGUGUAGAGAACUUAACUAUUACAAGCAUUUCUGAUACUAGUAUUCAACUUAAAUGGGUCAAACCUGAAACUUGUUACGAUCUUCUUGGAAUAAAGUUAAUGCUGACCCAUAGCCAUAAUAUAACCGAAGAACACAAAAUCUUCAAAUCUGCGAGAACAGUUUAUAUUGGGAACCUCAAUCCAUCAACAUCCUACACAUUUCAAAUGUUUGCAAAAUACGGACCCGAUGAAGAUAACUUUGAUAUGAGUGCUCCUGUGGAAGGCUCAUUUUCAACAGCAGCUAAACUUGAACACAGAGAUUUCAAAGAAAUAUUGGUACAAAAUGUCAUCUUGGCAGCUUGAGGUGGAAUCAUGACAACUCUAACCGAAAGAAAACGGAUUAAGACAACUCGGGUCAAUUUAAAUACAACUCGGACCAUUUUCAAAGACUGCUCGGUCCAGUUUAAAAGA